AUGAUUGUUUCCAAACAACAAAUGACAAUCCCCAAGCUGCCAAAGCAUCUCUGGACAAAUAUAAAAGUAUUCUUAAUUCUAAAAGCACCGAAGAAUCUUUGGCGAGUUAUAAAACUUAAAUAUGCAGCCAAAAAACUUAAAUCUUUGCUCAAAACGAACCUAUGGGACUUGGAAGACACAGAUUAUCUUGAUGAAAUAAUUUCUGCUGCUGCAGUUUCUUCUUUACUAAUAGAAAUUGUCUCGUGCAUUGUGAAGAUUGCUGAUUCUGUUCAUGAACUCGCUUCCGUGGAAAAGUUCCAACAAUGA